UGUUCGAGCUGACUCGCAAGGAUGCAGGCCCUUACAUUAGUUUGUUUAAUUCUUUGCUGUUGCUACAGCAUCCGUGGAUGUCCUCAGAUGGUUGUAGAUGUUCUUUGGAAGGAUGGGUUGUGUGCAUCGAUAGUGCCUGACGCCGUGAAGACAAAGAGAUUGGAAUGCAUCAUGGGCAAAAUUCCGCCUAACGUUUUACAGGUAAAACAAUCCUGUAAAGAAUUCCUCUUCCAAGGACUUGAUAAUCUACAAGUACUGAAACAACAGUGUUCAAAUUCGACAUUAGAGAAGCAGUAUUAUUCAUGUGUUCAGCAGAAUCUCGGCUUGCCUGACUGGGAAGAUGGAUGCAAACCCACAACUAAUAAUAUCGGUAUGGGCAUGGGCAUGCCCCAGCAAAAUAUGGGCAUGCUCCAGCAAAAUCCUAUUUUAAGCGGACAACAACCUAUCAAUAAUCAACAGCAACCACUUUUUAACCCAACUUUAGGCCAACUACAAAUUCCGGGUUUCAACGGACAACAAUUGCCCUUAAAUCAACAACAGUUUCCAAAUUUAAAUUUUAGACAGUUUUCAACUGGUGGUUUCAGACAACCGUUUCAAAAUGGAGGUUUCAGACAACCGUUUCAAAAUGGAGGUUUCAGACAACCGUUUCAAAAUGGAGGUUUCACACAACCGUUUCAAAAUGGAGGUUUCACACAACCGCUUAUAAAUAGAGGUCUCACCCAACAGUUCCCAAAUCAAUUUUUACAACAACAACAACCAUUUGGUAGAUUGCAAACCCAACAAAUGCUCUCCUCUGACGGUGGAACAAACAACCAAAUGACAGAUAUAGCUAAGGAGAUGUUGUGGAACGUAGCUGUGUGCAUUACUGAAAACAGGAUUACAAUAUAAGCCAGAAAACUUGAAGUGACUUGAUGCUAACCCUGAAAGUCUAUUAAACUAAUCAUUUAUGUUUAUAACUACAAAAUUUGGAAACGUUCUUUAUUUACUAAAUUGAUGUUGUAUAUCUGGAAAAUUAGUCAGAGAUGUAAAUUAUUGGCAAAGGAAUAAAAUUAUGUA